AAUAUCCUAAGGAUUACUUGCAUCGAUCAAAUUGCACAUCGUUGUCUUCAACUUGAGGGAAAAAGCCAACAUAAUAUACUACAGCACACGAUAUUCUCACAGGCCGCAGAAAAGGAAGAGCAAAGAUAAAUGGCUGCGACUUCAAAGUCUCUAUAAUAUGCACAUAAUAUCUCGAUAGUACCAAUAAAUACUGAUUAGGGUGAAACAAUACGUGACUUUUGUAAAUAUACUACCGGAUCAUGGAUUAUGUAACAGAGAGAAAAAACAUUGAGGAAGUUCGAGAUAAUUAAUGAACUCUACAAGUAUAUGACAAAGUAGAACUAAAAUGCAAUGCAACAACAUAGCUGGUGGACGUCCACGUUCGCGGACAUACUCCUCGCUCCCCUCAACGUCCUACUCGAAGAAUCCAACCAAAGCCAAUUUAGGCGGCAACGAGGACGACGUCGACAAAUUGACGACCACACGAGCGAUCGGGUAUUACGACAACAGCAACGUCAAGUUCGCCAACCAGGGCGAAGAAGAGAACCUGGUAGGGGUGAUGGACCGGCUGAGAGCGGCGAAGUCGAGGGCGAAGGUCGAUCGGAACCAGGAGACGAUGAGGCUUCGGAAAGAUUGUUGGAUUCUGGAGUCGCAGAGGAAAGCGAUGUUGAAUUCGACGGUGGCGUUCAGUAACUUGCUCAGGUCGACCCGGCUGAAGAAUGCUCGGGCUGCUGCACAAGCGGGGGAUGCAGAUAGUGCUUCUGGAACAGAAACCCCAGACGGGUCUCCACCCAUGUCUCCUCGACUUCACACAAAGCUACUCAGAUGGAGGGGAAUCUCCCUCGCUUCUCAAGAACCAGAUGAAUCAUCAGAUGGCGCAAAGACACCAUCAACAGAGAUUAAGAACAGACUACCCGAUAUAACCCACAGCACACCGUCGACUCGUCAACACCGCGAGGGACCCGGCACAACAGCGGAUAAAACGGAAUCAGAGAUAGGUGAGAUUGGACAAGGUCAUGGAAAAGCUCUUGGUGUCCUGGACAGACAUAUCGCAUCGGGAAACAGACGGCCGAGAAGCCAAAGCUUGCGCAGGACACUGCCUAGCGCAGAUGAACAACGCAGGCAGUCACCCAACGAGGUCGGUCAGGCAGCAGAGAAUGGACUUCAAGCAAAGGUGAUUAUGGAACGAGGGUUGUUGCGAAGGCGUCCCAAAACCGCUGCUCCGAAGUUGGCUUCAAAAUCGGAAAUCGGUGAAAAGGACGUCAAGGAAAAAACUGGAACAGCAGUUGAAGAAGCCGAGACACUGCAGGAUACUUCAUCAGCAGUUGGAACACCCCCAUCAUCGCGCAGGCGAGCCCGAAGCAUGUCCUACAUGGCGCUUUCGCAGAACAGUAUCUCGGCUUCCGGAAAAGUCCGAGCAGUGAACGAAAAGACGAUCUCGUUGCACGGAAGGACGACGAGAGAGCUCCGAAAAAUCACGCACAUCGACAACGUCGCAGCCGCAGAGUCAGAAGAACGGAGGAAACAGAUAGAGGAGAGGAAUAAGGAGAUUAAAGAGAGGCAAAGACAAGUGCUGCAAGAAAAGGUGGAUAAAUUCCUGAAGAAGUUAAAGGACACGACAAAGGAAGAACUUGACGAGAAACGCUCUUUAUAUUCUGGGCUGACUUUGUCUUUUUAAAUUUCUAUCAAGAAAAAUGGUUUUCGAAUCAUAAUUAGUCGUUUCGACUUUCGACAAUCGAUGACGACUUGUUUAGACAUAGUAUGCAAAUCCUAUUAUCUUGAAUACAUGUUUAUAAUAUUGUUUCCAUGUACUGAACCAAAAUAUAUCACUUGUAGCUAAACGUAAACGAA